GGGGCUGCGAGAGGGAGGGCCGGCGUGAGGGCGGGUUGUGGACAAGUACCGGCCACCUCCUCUAGCGACGCGCGGAGAGCGGCUGACCUGACGUUGGUGGAGCCGCAGGCGAGGAGGAAGAUGAGCCUUAAGUCUGAACGCCGAGGAAUUCAUGUGGAUCAAUCAGAACUCCUAUGCAAGAAAGGAUGUGGUUACUACGGCAACCCUGCUUGGCAGGGUUUCUGCUCCAAGUGCUGGAGGGAGGAGUACCACAGAGCCAGGCAGAAGCAGAUUCAGGAGGACUGGGAGCUGGCAGAGCGUCUGCAGCGGGAGGAAGAAGAGGCCUUUGCCAGCAGUCAGAGCAGCCAAGGGGCCCAAUCCCUCACAUUUUCCAAGUUUGAAGAGAAGAAAACCAAUGAGAAGACCCGCAAGGUUACCACAGUGAAGAAAUUCUUCAGUGCUUCAUCCAGGGUUGGAGCAAAGAAGGCAGAAAUUCAGGAAGCAAAAGCUCCCAGUCCUUCCAUAAACCGGCAAACCAGCAUUGAAACGGAUAGAGUGUCUAAAGAGUUCAUAGAAUUUCUCAAGACCUUCCACAAGACAGGCCAAGAAAUCUAUAAGCAGACCAAGCUGUUUUUGGAAGCAAUGCAUUACAAAAGGGACUUAAGCAUUGAGGAGCAGUCAGAAUGUACUCAGGAUUUUUACCAGAAUGUGGCUGAAAGAAUGCAGACUCGUGGAAAAGUGCCUCCAGAAAGAGUUGAGAAGAUAAUGGAUCAGAUUGAAAAGUACAUCAUGACUCGUCUCUAUAAAUACGUGUUCUGCCCAGAAACUACUGAUGAUGAGAAGAAAGAUCUUGCUAUUCAGAAGAGGAUCAGAGCCCUGCACUGGGUUACACCUCAGAUGCUUUGUGUCCCUGUUAAUGAAGAAAUUCCAGAAGUGUCCGACAUGGUGGUGAAAGCAAUUACAGAUAUCAUUGAGAUGGAUUCGAAGCGUGUGCCCCGGGAUAAGCUGGCCUGCAUCACCAGGUGCAGCAAGCACAUCUUCAAUGCCAUCAAGAUCACCAAGAGCGAGCCGGCUUCAGCCGAUGACUUCUUACCCACGCUCAUCUACAUUGUCUUGAAGGGCAACCCCCCACGCCUUCAGUCCAACAUUCAGUACAUCACCCGCUUCUGCAACCCAAGCCGACUGAUGACGGGCGAGGAUGGCUACUAUUUCACCAAUCUGUGCUGUGCCGUGGCUUUCAUUGAGAAAUUAGAUGCUCAGUCUUUGAAUUUAAGUCAGGAAGAUUUUGAUCGAUACAUGUCUGGCCAGACUUCUCCCAGGAAGCAGGAAUCUGAGAGUUGGUCUCCUGAUGCUUGCUUAGGUGUGAAGCAGAUGUACAAGAAUUUGGACCUCCUGUCUCAGUUGAAUGAACGACAGGAAAGGAUUAUGAAUGAAGCUAAGAAACUUGAGAAAGACCUCAUAGAUUGGACGGAUGGAAUCGCAAAAGAGGUUCAAGACAUUGUUGAGAAAUACCCACUUGAAAUUAGACCCCCAAAUCAGUCUGUAGCAGCUAUUGACUCUGAAAAUGUUGAAAAUGAUAAACUUCCUCCACCGUUGCAACCUCAAGUUUAUGCAGGAUGAUGAAAACUUAACAUGGAUAGUAUUUAUUUGAGCCUGAAUUGUAGCCAGCCCUUCCUGCAGUCCACUGAUUGGGGUCUAGAGUAUAACUUAAUUGCUUAGAAGUAUCACAGUGUUUUUAAAGGUACAGUUUGUGGGAUUGUUUUGUUCGUUUUGUUUUGUUUUCCUGUCAGGGGAGGCUUAGUAAAUAAUAAAGUACUAUUUAUUGAGUCACUGAAAUAGAUUCAUUUAAGGCUUGUGUGAAAAGUUUGUCUAUAAAUCUAUUUUUUUCUCCAUGGUUUUCCUAUGUGCUUCCUCUGUGGCAUUCACUGUGUUUUUGCAUUUGGUUAAAUAAUUGCCUUUUAAAGGAGAAAACGAAUGCUACAAAAAAUGUAUGUGGUACCGCUGUUCUACAGUUUGACAUACUUUUAUAAUUGUAAAGAUAGAAGAUAUAUUGCUAAGUAAAUAUGUAAAAUUGUAAAUAUGUAAAAAAAAAAAGGAAUGAUGUCCGCUGUGCAUGGCAUUUUCAUGUGUUAAUUCCAUUUCUUUUUUUUUGUUUGUUUGAAAUGAAGUAUAUUGAAUAUUUGCCUUUUAACACUGUUUUGUUUGGUUUGCCCCACUAAAAUGAAUGCAGAAAUACUUAAGACACACUCUCCCUGAAACGUUGGCUCCAGCUUUAACAAUGUGUUAGCCCUAACUUUGAGGUCCUGUUCAGUCAGAGAACAUGACACCGUUGAAUCACAUUUUCAGUCAUGUGAAGUUACCGUUCAGCACAGUCGAUUGGAGACUGAACCGUGCUUCCAGCGCCUCUGUCCUCCUUCCAUUCAGCAGAUGCUCCCUGAGCUCUUGGUCAGGGCGGUGGCCCUAAGUCUUGAGUCAGAAGCCAGGAAUGAACAGGUCUCCGCAGGUGAGAGCUGAUGGAACAUCUCUCUGAGCUUCAAAGUGUAGAGGCACGGGAGGGGGCGUCUCUGCUUCCACAGUGUGCUUGUGACUCUGGACAGCCCAGUCACACGUCACAUAAGCCUCUUUCAGGGUUUCUCAACCUCAGUACUAUUUGGAGCCUGAGAACAUUUUAUUUGGCACCACCUCGUGUAUUGUAGAGUAUUUAGUGGUGUUGCUGGCGUCCACACCCAUUAGACACCAGUAGCAGCCCCCCCAGUUGUGAAAAAUCGUCUCCAAACAUUGCCAGAUAUCUCCCAGGGGACAGAAUUGCCCCCAGUUAGGGACUGCUGAUCUGUUUUGUAAGCAAAGGCGUUUUCCUCCUGAUGGUUAAUAUGAUAUAACCAAAGAAAAUGGCACCAAAUGUACAGUGAAAUGUGAACUCAGAGCUCAUUUGGUAAAGCUCUCCAGCCCCUGGCAGCAUGGAGCCUUGUCUAAUCCUGGUGGAGCCUUUCACAACUAAAUACACCAUCGUGAUGCUCCUCACAAUCUGAUGUCUGCAGACUCUCGGAGUACCUGGGAAAUUGUAAUUCCCAGGGCACCAUUUUUGCACAAGAUCACAUCACACAAGCUUAAGAAAGCUUCCUUUGUGUUUCCAGUGUCUUCCUCAUGGUGUACCACAGAUGUGUAGUGCAGUAGUUUUGGAAUAAAACUAGGGUGGGUGUAAAACUUGUUACCCAUUACUUAAAUUAACGUUCAAAAUGCAUCACAUUGAUACAUCUGUUGUCCUAAAGCACUGAAGAAUGAAGCAGUUAACUGAAUCAGCUGAUCACCAAGCUCACUUGGAAUAUUACCAUCAAGUGUCUGGAGAAUGUGCCCAGAGAAACCCGGGCCCAGAUGGUCUUCGUAGAGAGCUUUCCCCUUUUUUUCUUUUCUAUGUACUUUCUAGGUGCUAAUCCAGGUAUACAUACACACUCUUACUUCUCCUGGGAAUAUACCAUUCUUUUAGUCAUUGUACAUUAUGUUUAUUAAAUAAAAUGUGCAUAUCAGCCUCCCCCAAAA